UCCCGGCUGAGUGCACCCGCUCGAAGCCGAUCAGCUUGGUCUGCGUCUCCGUGCGCUCGUGCGUCGCAGUACAAGUGGGAUUUUUUUUUAACCACGCUGUAAACGUCACGACUCCGUCUCGAGGAUGAUGAUGGCUCUCUCCACGUGCAAGAUUCUGGUUAUCUGCCUCAUACCUUGUGUGCUCCUGCAAGAGGGCUUUGGUCUCCCCCUAUCCGAGCAGUCUGACCUGCCAGCAGCAGGCCAGCCGUCUGCACGGCCUCGCCACGUCAGGACCAAACGCUGCUCCUGCAACAGCUGGCUCGACAAGGAGUGCAUCUACUUCUGCCACCUGGAUAUCAUCUGGGUCAACACCCCUAGUAAAGUCCUCCCUUACGGGCUGGGCAGCCCGCUGAGCCGCCGCCGCCGCUCCGCCAGCCGCUGCGAGUGCUCCAGCCCGGACGACACGAAGUGCUCCAGCUUCUGCCACAACAGCUCAAAGAGAUCUGAAGUCGCUUCCGUGAGUCCAUUGGCAGGAACUGGAAGACUGAAAGACACGAACAGCAGCCGCCUGUUGGCUUCUCUCAGAUCUGUGAUCGGGUCCAAAACAGCUGCUCUACAGCAGGUUCUGUCCUCCGGGAAGAAGUUGCCCAGAUCCAACAAGCUUAAGAGUAGAAGGGGAAGGUAGGGGGAGAAUGAGGGGAGAGUUCAGUAGAAUUACAAUUCGUAUUGUAGGUAAAACACUGAUGCACUUUCCCAGAGUGACUCACGAACACAAGAGCGGAGUAAGCUUCAAGUUCUGACGGCAGAUAGAACAAAUAUAUGCGUGCUCCCAGGAUGUCCGCGUAUGAUCGAGGAGAGCUAGCUCAAAGACAGAGAGGGUUAGCUAACUUGCUGCAAGGAAUAAAACAUUCAGAGACCAGCACUUGCAAAUAAAGGGUGGCAAUUGACAAAGGGGGUGGUGUGAAGGUGCAAAACUCCCUUACCAUCCUGGCACACCACUGGUAGAGCUUUUAAACAUGGCAGCUAACAGAGAGAUAAUCGUAUUGGAUCAGGCCCUGAUGAAGACCUUGUCAAAUCUGCUACCGUGUGAGGGUAUCCAAGAAAUCAGAACUGAACAGACUGGACAUGGACGGAGAAGCAAGUUAAAUAAAUCACGUUCAGAAGAAAGAGCUGAAGGCUGGCUGGUCACCUGCUACCUGCAGGAUACAUCUUCCGAGCGGGUUGAGGAACUGGGCAUCUUACCAAAGGUCCUGAUGUUAUAACACUCUGCAUCCCAAUGGGGGGAAUCCAUCAAUGUGGACCUGAGAUGGACAACAGGGGUCUGCACCAGCGGAAGUCAACCGGGCUAAAGAACCAGCGACUGGCCUGUUAGCCUCCGGGCUGCAAUUUCUUUAUUUUGAUCUUGUGUCCAAAACGAAGACAAUAAUCUCUGCAUUGAGACAGUGUCUGUCUUAUUCGUUCACCAAUACUCCUGUUGAGGAAUGUCGACGGAUAAUUUGCAGCAUACUCAUUUACGAAUGUGCAACGAUUAGUUCUUGCAAUGUGUGUAUGUUUACUGAAAUGGCCCUGAAACUAUUGUGUUAUGGUUUGUCUGAUUAUGAUCGCCAGUUAAUUGAUUUUAGAUUUGCACUCCUCUGUAUCAGAGCUGAAAUCUGUGGUCCUAACAUUCAGGAUGAAACACAAUCCUUUUUAUGGAGCAUGUAACACUUUGAACUGACAACCUUGGCCUCGCUGUGUGCCAAGGCCACGGCAGACCUUGGCCUUGGCCGACAGUGUGGCCUGCCAAGUACCAGAGAAGGGAAAGCCAAGGACAAUGCUUAUUUUUACUCUUUUUUUUUUUACAGUUGACAAACAGAUACAGAUGUAUGUUAUUUUCUGGCAAAGCUAGCACAGUAGAUGUGUUUGUGCUGCCGGAGUGUUUCUUGCACAGCUCCUGUUCACUGUUUUGGUUGAAGAGAAGCCAGCAGGUUUCAAUGGCGCGGGGUUUGCCAGAAAUGCGGCAAUUGUUUUACUCCCGUCCUGUAAGAGAUAUUCUGUUGAUGCUUAAUUAUUGAGAAAUGUUGACAUUCUCCAAGGAUAAGGAUAUAGCAAGUUAUCUGUGGCCUGCAAACUCGUGAAUGCACAUGUAAUGAAUGACUCAGUGCGUCUCCUCUGUUGAAAGGCAGUCAAACAGGAAACUUACGGCAAAAGCAACUAUAUGCAAAUUCAAAUCUCCCUGCAAAUGAGCUAAUAUUUGUCAUCACUAGCUUACAUGCUUCUUAUCAUAAUAAUCACAUGUAUCACAGCCCCCCCCCCCAAACAAUGUCCUUACCACUCAAGAGCAACCUUGGAUGUUUAUUGUCAAAUGUUGAAUGGGAGCAAUAACUGUACAUGCAAAUUUUAAUUUAUUCUCUAAUUUAUUCAGAAAAUAUAUUUAUGGAUGUGUUGAUGUAGCAUGUUAUUUUGUGUGAGGAAAUAAAGUGGGAAGAAAAAGAAACAAGAA